CGUUAGCGUUAAUCCGAAGCACCACCAUUUCACUGUCCUUGCAAAGGUAAACCCCAACACAAAUUCCUCUCUUAAAACCUCCCAUUUUUCCUCUUGCAGCCGCAUUUUUUUAGGUCCUUCAAUGGCGGGGAACUCCGAGAAAGCUUCCAAUGGCGAGCUAGCCUCUACGCCUCCUCAUCUUAAAGACGAAGCUUACCUUUCCACUAUCAUCCCUAAGCGAAUCGCUCUGUUCGAAUCCAUCAAAAAUCAACAAACUCUUGAUCGUCUCUCAAUAUCCGGCGACCCCAUCAAGAUUACGUUGCCGGAUGGAAAGGUCAAGGAUGGAAUAAAGUGGAAAACUACUCCAUUCGAAAUUGCGGCGCAGAUUUCGAAGAGUUUAGCUUCAAAUGCGGUCAUUGCUAGGGUUGAUGAGGAUCUUUGGGAUAUGCAUAGGGCUCUUGAAGGUCAUUGUAAUUUGCAGUUGUAUACCUUUGAUAACGAUGAAGGUCGAGACACUUUUUGGCAUUCUAGUGCUCACAUUCUGGGUCAGUCUUUGGAGAUGGAGUAUGGAUGCAAGCUUUGCAUUGGUCCUUGUACUACUCGUGGAGAAGGUUUCUAUUAUGAUGCAUUUUAUGGAGAUUUGAGCUUGAAUGAGGACCACUUCAAAAAAAUUGAGGCAGGGGCGGCUAAAGCUGCUGCGGAGAAACAACCAUUUGAACGCAUUGAAGUGACAAGGCAACAAGCACUUGAGAUGUUUUCCGAUAAUAGAUUUAAGAUUGAAAUCAUCAAUGAUCUUCCUGAAGACAAAACAAUUACAGUAUAUAGAUGUGGCCCGUUGGUUGACCUUUGUCGUGGUCCUCAUAUACCCAAUACAUCCUUUGUAAAAGCUUUCUGCUGCUUAAAGGCCUCGUCUGCAUACUGGAGAGGUGACAAAAAUCGGGAAAGCUUGCAGAGGGUUUAUGGAAUUUCUUACCCAGAUUCAAAACGUUUGAAGGAAUAUCUUAAGAACCUUGAGGAAGCAAAAAAAUAUGACCACAGAUUAUUGGGUGUAAAACAAGAGCUAUUCUUUUGUCACCCCCUCAGUCCUGGAAGCUGGUUUUUUCUUCCUCUCGGUGCUCGCAUAUACAAUAAAUUGAUGGAUUUUAUUCGAAGUGAAUAUAGGAAUAGAGGCUACGAGGAGGUAAUCAGUCCAAAUAUUUACAAUAUGCAACUGUGGCAGACAUCUGGGCAUGCUGCAAACUAUAAGGAGAAUAUGUUUGUGUUUGAGAUUGAAAAGCAGGAGUUUGGUCUUAAACCAAUGAAUUGUCCAGGGCAUUGUUUGAUGUUUGAGCAUAGAGUUCGUUCCUACAGAGAACUUCCAAUGCGCUUUGCGGAUUUUGGAGUGCUGCACAGGAAUGAGGCUAGUGGAGCACUCACAGGACUCACUCGUGUAAGAAGAUUUCAGCAGGAUGAUGCUCAUAUCUUCUGCAGGGAAGGUCAAGUAAAAGAUGAAGUCAGGGCUGGACUUGAUUUUAUCAAUUACGUGUAUGGAAAAUUUGGCUUUAGCUUUGAGCUAAAGCUGUCUACGAGACCAGAGAAAUACCUUGGAGAAAUAGAGAUUUGGGACAAGGCUGAGGCUGCUCUUACAGAAGCAUUGAAUGAGUUUGGUAAACCAUGGCAGUUAAAUGAAGGAGAUGGUGCAUUUUACGGACCAAAGAUUGAUAUCAGUGUUUCUGAUGCCUUGAAGAGGAAAUUUCAAUGUGCAACAUUACAGUUGGAUUUUCAACUCCCCUUGCGAUUCAAUUUGUCUUACUCAGCAGAGGAUGAAGCUAAAAGGGAGCGACCUGUGAUUAUCCAUCGUGCCAUCCUUGGCUCUGUGGAACGUAUGUUUGCAAUUCUUUUGGAGCACUAUAAAGGAAAAUGGCCCUUUUGGCUUAGUCCACGUCAAGCAAUUGUAUGCACUGUCUCUGAAAAAUCUGCAGCUUAUGCUCAUGAGGUGUCUGAUCAGAUCCACAAAGCUGGUUAUUUUGUUGACAUAGAUACUAGUGAUAAAACAAUCAACAAGAAGGUAAGAGAAGCUCAGCUAUCACAGUACAACUAUAUACUAGUAGUUGGGGAGAAAGAUGCUGAAAAUCGAGUGGUAACCGUGAGGGUAAGAGACAAAAAUGAUCACAGCCCAAUGACUGUGGAGGCACUUCUUAAGCACUUUGAUGAAGAGGUGAAAGCUUUCCAUUAGUUUAUUAUACAUUAUUUGUUAUGUCAUCCAAUUGUUGUGUUUUUUAUAAGUUUGAACAAAUUUGCUCCCCAAUGACCGUGAAGGCACUUCAGCAAUAUGAUGAAAAACGUGAAAGUUUUUAUUAGUUCAUUAAAUUGCACACGUUUUGGUUGUAUGAACAAAUUGUUUUUUAGAAGUUUGAACAAAUUUGCUUUUCUUUUUACUGUUGCUAAUGUACUGUAAGUUUAUACCAAACUGAAAUUGGUACUAAUUUGCUUUUGGUA